AUGGCAAAGGAGUUCUUUGGCGAGGAGAUUCUGGCCGAUAUUCGGGGCCAAUCACGCGAAGAUUUGCCCAGCAAAGUUGCAUCAGAGUAUGUCAACGAGACAUGUUUUGCGAGCUACGCCCGGCCGGGCCUCGAGUUCCGCGAGCGGUCACUGCUGAACAUCGCCAUGCUCAUCGCGCUCAACCGAUCCAACGAGCUGAGACUGCAUAUCCGCGCUGCGCUCCACAACGGCCUGUCCAGGGAGCAGGUUUGCGAGGCGUGUCGCCACGCCAUGGUGUACUGCGGCGUUCCGGCGGGGAGGACCGCGCUUCUUGUUGCUAGCGACGUGUUCGCGGAGCUUGAUGCUAAGGAAUCGUCCUAG